CAAAGAUUUGCUUUCAACGCUUCAUUCCGUUCAACAUUGGGACUGGAGAGACCUCUCUCGCGCUGCGUCUUCGGUGUGUCUUGGCCUCAAGUCUCGACAGGCUCAAACCCUUAUCCUUGGACCACCUCAGCUUUGGCAUAAAGAUCGCUUCUUGACGAAGUGAUUCGCUUAUAGGAUCGCUGGUCGAUCGUGCGUCCGUUUUUGGCUUGAACAGUCUAAUCGAGACCGACACGUCAUCUUGGAUUCUUGUAAAGGAUUUGAUAGUUCUUGGAGAAUCACAAGUCAUCAUCUGCUAGACAGGUGGUAGACCAUCGUCGGUCGAUCCAUCAUCCGCGGAGGGGCAUCAAGAGUAUUCAUUCCACGCUUGCUCGAGACACACAAGCGAGAUACAGGAUGCAAUCGCCAACUGCACAACCCGGCUGGACCGGUAUGGAAGCACCCAGAACAGUAGAAAGGAAACGAAAGGGUGGAUAUACUGAUGAAGUCCUGCCAACCCCGCCUCGCGUUCAAUUACCAACUCCCGAGACACUCCGCCGGACCGCCAAACGAGUUGACACCAAGGUGUCCACACGGGCGACUCAACAGCAACAGCUACCAACGCCUCAGACACUCGCUCGACAUUCUCGCAAGAUAUCCAUCACCCACGCUUUGCAUCCUGGACCGUCAGUGCCAGAAGGGGGAUCACCGAGUGGUCAUACGACGUUCUUCCUCUCUUCCGGUACAGCUUCACGUGAACGUGAUCGUGAUGCGGCCGCUGCUGCUAUGUCUGGAGCUCGUCGAAGACCAGGAUUGACAUUCGCUCAACAGAUGGGGUUGGUACCUGGUUCUGCAUCUGGACGUGUGGGAAUAGGCAUGGGAGGAUCCAAAUCUGGCUCACACAAGAAGGACAAGAUAAGGCUUGAGAGGCCAAUCGAGGACGAGAGUCCUUUUUUGGCGCAAACGACCAACGUCAAAGGACCUGCCAUCAAUACGGCCAAUGGACCUCUCUCGUCCCCUCUCAACACUGCCAUGGCGAAACAGACUCUCCAAUCACCUGCUCUGGUGAAUUCCGCCGGUUCCAAUUCACUCCUCACCCCGCCACCUACUUUCCCACACCAACGACUCGGGGCACCUCCUCCUAUCCCUUCAUCACCUACGACUGUUGCGAGAGCCGCCGCGGCUGAACGACGCGCUCGAGCUGAUGCACUCAAGGCAGCCGACGAGGCUCGUACAGUCGCGGCAGCGGCUGAGAAAGCUCGCCGAGAGAAGAUUCAAAAGAUGCGAGAUGAAGAUGAUAAUCCAUUCUUGGUCAAAGCGGGCGAAAGUUCCAGCAUCGCCCAUCGACAUGUCUCAUUAGUGGACGAAACGAAGGAUACCGUGACAUACGUUUUCAGAGGGACCAAGAGAGAGUUUGCCAACCCGUUUAAUUCACUCCGUUCGAGGAAGUCGGGCAGCGCAUCAAAUUUGGAUACAGAACAUCCAGACUAUGAACCGGAUCCGUGUCCCCCUCCGAGGCUUUUGUGGCCAAAGGGACCGGAACCAGCGAAUUCUCAUGCUGGCGAUGGAUCAGGAUCGGAUACUGAGACUGAAGAGUCUGUUCUUCCCAAUCCUAAUAUCACACCUCCCCGACAGAGGUCUCGACGAUUGCCCACCACCACUCGACCCUCUCCACCUUCCUCACCUAUCCCUACACCCAUGUUUGCAACGUCAGAUGGUGAAUCAUUACGCGGACCAAGUCAAUUGUUCACGUCAGACGACGAGUUCGUGCCUGAAGGUCAGGAGGUGGAAGAAGAUGAAGAGGAUUUGGGAGUGCAUGCGCGCAGGGGAUUACUGUUUGGUCAGGGUAAGGGCAACGGGUUCAGUACGGAGCCGAGAAUGAGCAGGAUCGUCACGACGACUGGGGAAGGUAUCAGGCGGCGCUCAGAAGGUAGCGUGCACGCGGAGCAGGAACAGACGCGAGCGAAAAAAGCGCGUUCGAGGCGCAUCCGGUGAUCGGGAAAGUUACGUUUGGUGCAAGGGAAAGAAGAAACUGUGCCUAAUACGAGGAGGGGAUGAUCUUAAUG